GGCGUCCGCGGCAGCAUCUCCAGCCACUCCGGGACUCGCCCCCCCGCCGCCGCCGCCCUCCUGCCAUGGGUCUCCGGGAGUCGCCGUACUCCAGCCGCGUCCUGGGGGGCCUGGACACCACCAUGAGGGCCCUGCUGUUCCCCGGCUACUGGCUAGCGAACGAAGUGCUGGCCCUGCAGCGGUGCACGGGGGAGAAGCCCCGCUGCGCGCCCUACGGCCUGGAGGUGGCCGUCCGGGGGCCGCUGCUGCUGCUGCUGCUGCUGCUCUACAGCCCCGUCUCGCUGCUGGCCCUCCUCCUCUGGCUGCCCCUGCAGGGCGCCCGGCGGCCCUUCGCUUACCAGCACACCCCCGGCCGAGCCCGUCCCGAAGCCUGGGCGCUCCCUGGCCCGGCCAGGACCCUCCGCCUCCUCAGCGGGAACGUCUGCCUGCUCCCUGAGGGGCUGGCCAAGUUCAGCAACGUCUGGCGAACCCAAUGGCGGGCCAGGCACAUCGGCCAGAGUCUGGCACAAGCGGCACAAUGCUCUACGCCCUGUGCACCCACCGGGGCCCCCAAUGGCCUGGCCAUGCCACAUGGGCUGCCGGGGGGGCCUGCCGCUGUCCUGGGCCACCCCUGGGGUGACCCUGUGGUGACCGUGGAGCUGCUCCCCGUGGAGGAGGUGGGGGCCGUGGCAGGGGAGGCCAACGGGCCCGGGGAGAUCGCCGUCCGCUGCCCUCCAAACUUGGACCUCCUGUGCCUGCAGGAGGUCUUUGACCUCCGGGCCUCUGCCCACCUGCGCCAUUUCCUGGCCCCCCAGUUUGAGCACAUCAUCCAUGACGUGGGCACCUAUGGCCUGCAGGGCUGCUCCGCUCUGAAGCUGCUGAACAGCGGACUCUUCCUGGCCAGCCGCUACCCUCUCUUGGCCGUGGAGUUCCACUGUUACCCCAACGCCACUGGAGAGGAUGCCCUGUGCGCCAAGGGCCUGCUGUGCGUGCAGGUGCAGCUGGGAGCCUGCCAAGGGCGAAGGGUCAUUGGAUACCUGAACUGCACCCACCUGCAGGCCCCUGAAGCGGAUGGGCCCAUCCGGCACGAGCAGCUGAACCUCUCCCUACGCUGGACGCAGCUCUUCCAAGACAGCCAUGCGCAGCCGGGGGACGUGGUGGCCUUCGACAUCUUCUGUGGGGACCUCAAUUUCGACACCUGCUCUCCAGGUGGGUGUCCGGGAGGGGGACGCAGAGCCCGAAGCAGGGGAGGGGCCUCCCUCCUGGCUUGGCUGUCUCAGGCCCCUCUUUCUCCUCAGGUGAUGCCAUGGAACAAGGCCACGAGAUCUUCAGCCGGUACAUUGACCCCUGCCGCCUCGGUCCUUGCCAGGAUGAGCCUUGGGCCAUCGGUGGGGACGCUGAUGAACCCGCUGCGCAUCUACGACGAAGCCGUGGCCACCCCAGAGAGCCUGAAGAGGACUCUGGAGAAUCCGGAGGAGCGCAGGAAGUACCUGGCAGGCCCCCUCCAGGCCGAGGGCAGCGCCAACCUCUUGGCAACCUGGCACAAAGGGCGGCGCAUUGAUUACACUCUCUACCGGCAGCACUGGCGUCCAGGGCACUUGAAGACCGCGGUGGAGAAGGUCUUCUUCUUCACCCAGCUGGCCACCUGCUCUGACCACUUGCCUGUUGGACUGCAACUCCUGGUGUCUUCAGAGGUGGAGCCGGAAGCCCCAGCGCGGAAGGACCCACUGUGACCUGCAGCUGGACUGACCUCCUUGAUCCAAGGAGGGGGAGCCGUCCUGUCCCUGAUGGAGCCAGAGGGGGAGAGAGUCGCUCCUCCGGAGCCAAGCCGGGCACCCUGGGGAUGGGCGAGGGGCUGGCGUGGGAGCCCUCCAAGGUUGCAGGCCGGGGCUGGAGAAGUCACCGGCGGGCUGGCUCUGGUCAAGGGGGACCCUCUGGGCGACUGCGGCCUCCUCUGCCCGAGCGCCUGGGCCUCUUGCUCAGCCUCUCCCCCCGGCCCUCCGAGGAAGGGCGGCAUCAGUGG